AUGCAGGCAGUUUAUUCGACCUCGUCGCUGAAGCAGGCCAAUCCGACGCCGUUCAAGAGUCUGACCGGCAAACUGGAUCCAGGCAUUCUCAAAGCGCUGGAUGCAAUGCAGUACGAGUACAUGACGCCUGUUCAAGAGAAAGUGCUAAACUCAUUGCCAUCUCUUCGAACUGAUUGUCUGGUGCAGGCCAAAACAGGGACUGGAAAGACAACAGCGUUCCUUCUUCCCGCCCUACAGUCGCUUGUUACCUCAGACUCGGUUCCGAAAGGUCAGGUCGCCAUCUUGAUACUUUCUCCAACACGAGAGCUAGCGAUGCAGAUUGCUAAAGAGUGUAAUCAAAUCACCGCACAUCUACACAAACGCAUUGAGUGUCACACCGCUUUCGGAGGUUCUGCUCGAGCAACCGCCCUUUCCAGCUUUAUGAAUGGUUCACCUUCUGUGCUUGUCGCAACACCGGGGAGAUUGAAGGACUACCUAAGUGAAAAACCUACCCAGGCCAAGUUCAAGAACCUCCGCACAGUAAUCCUCGACGAAGCCGAUACUAUGUUAGAGAAAGGCUUCUUGGAAGAUGUCAAACACAUCUUACGGCUCCUUCCACCAAAAAGGAGUGGUUGGCAGGGAAUGUGCUUCUCGGCUACAGUUCCAGACAAGAUCAAGGACGUCCUUGAAGUUGUUCUGAUGCCGAACUACGCCACUGUUUCCACGAUUGAUAAGUUCGAGCCGCCAACCCACACACGCGUGCCGCAAUAUCACGUUGUGAUCCCCACGGUCAAGGAUACAUUUACAGCCUUGUUGUCCCUCGUUGAGCAUGAGCGACAGGAAGGAGAGGCAAACCCGAAGAUCAUCGUCUUUGGCACUACUGCAAACCUAGUUGCUCUAUAUGCAGAGUUUUUCCGCCGAUCGUCAUCUCUUCGAGUCUAUGAACUUCAAUCUAGACUGAGCCAACCUCAAAGGACACGAACGACACGAGAAUUCAAGGAAGCUACAUCAGGCAUCAUGUUUGCUACAGACGUGAUCGGCAGGGGAAUGGAUUUUCCCAAUGUCACCUCGGUUAUCCAAGUUGGUCUACCCAUGAACGGUGAGCAAUACGUUCAUCGGGUCGGUAGGACUGCUCGUGUUGACAGAGAUGGCCGUGCUGUCAUUCUCCUGACUCACGCUGAGUCCUUCUUCCUGAGAUCCAAUCAAAAUUUGCCUAUUCGACCAUAUGUGCACGAAAUCGACACCAAGGACAACGCUGCGGCCACGGAGGCCAUGGCAACAAUCGACGAAAAGUCAAAACAGAAAGCAUACUCUGCAUAUCUCGGAUUCAUGAAAGGUUUCAUGAACAAGCUUCAACUCAAACCAGAAGCCCUCGUAGCAAUGGCUAAUGAGCUGGCAAUCAAAGCUCUUCACUGUCCUGGAGUGCCGCCUAUGGAGAAGAAGACCAUCGGAAAGAUGGGUCUGAGAGGAGUACAAGGGAUAAACUACGGCACUCUGUCGGAUGACGAGAGCCCUUCCAAGCGCAUGAAACCAAAUGUUGAGCAGAGGCAAACAUUUAAUAGUGCUCCUCGUGGUGGAAGAGCUGCCCGUGGUAGAGGGGCUGGAGGGGGUGGUAGAGGAGGGAUGAAAAACAUUGCAUAG